AUGGAAGGACUCUACACCAUGAGCGCAAGUCCAAGUCCACCCCCCGCUCCCGCUACACCUACGCCUCCACCUCACAUUGGUCCCGGACGACCCAAAGGCAGCGUCACUGGCGCGAAACGCGGACGAAAACCUCGAGGAGGUGCUCCCAGUGCAUCUCCAAGACCUAUGACCGCAGAUAUCACAGCAGUCGCCAGUCCUGCCGUUGCCAGUCCUCAAUUCCAACACGUCCACUGGUCCCUCUCAAAUUCAAACACUGGUCCCAGUUCAGGAUCUUCAUCUUCUCCAGUACCCGGAACAACAGGGAUAGCAUCAGCAAUAGCAGCGAGUCCAAGUCCCAAUUCGAUUAUUCAAGGGCCUAGUUUUGCAGGUCCAAAGAGUCAGUCGUCAGUAACGAGUGGCGUUCUUCCUUAUGGAGGAGGGCAAAUGACAGGCCAACAGCAAACGGCAUCUACACUUCCGCCCACAACCAGCACAUAUUCCAGCACGUUUCUGCGAGACCUGGCUGCGUCUGCUAAUCUCCCAGCUUCGACAUUGGAAACAGCCGGUCUGAUGGGGAACUUUGGCACGAACGAAAGGGGCCGAGUGGGAUCUUUACCGCCACUGCCGCAUACUAAAACAGGUGGUGCAGAUGAGGAUGGUGAGGGUGAAGAUGAGCUGUUUCCUGCCAUGGCAGAUGACGAUUAUUCGGCCCAGUUGUCGUUCCAGAGUCAAUCAAAGGACAAUUUGAAAGUCUUAAUGGAAAAUUUAAGUCCCGAACAAUACGACCGGUUUGAAGCCUAUCGAAGGCAUGCUUUACCCAAGCAAGGUGUUAGAAAAGUCAUACAACAGAGCGUUGGCGCCCAGGUAUCCCAACCAGUAGCCCAAAUCAUUGCAGGUUUCUCAAAAGUGUUUGUCGGGGAGAUUGUUGAAAAAGCACGAGCCGUCCAGGCUCGACGGGGUGAUACUGGACCGCUCUCUCCCGAUCAUCUGCGUGAAGCUUAUAGAAUGUAUCAAGAGGAAACUGGGAGAGUUGGGGCUGCUAGACCGGUGAGAGCCAAAAAGCUCUUCGUGCGUUAG